GGUUUUUCCUUAAAUGGGGAGGCCACAAUAAAAGGGUAUAUGCGUCACUGCAUAAAACGCGAGUCCAUUUUCGUCAACUCCGAAAGUAGAAGGCUCAAAAGCGGUUUCUUUGGGGUUGCGCCCACCAAAUAACAGAACCCAAUUUCCUCAAUUCACCCACGGAGUUACACUUAUUUACAGAAAAGACCUCUGUAUUCUUUCCCGAAAAUUCGCCCAACAACUAGGGCAGACACGUCAUUCAGCUACCCCUUGUUGUGUCCCACCACAAACGCAGGUCAACAGGAGUCAAGAUGCGGCAGCGUUUUGGUUUGUUUGAAACAAAAGCAGGGACAUGAGGGUCAUUUUGAGAAAAGAACCCGAAAGAUUUGGCCUCUGAUUGUAAUUUCAGUUUCCUUCACUCAGCAGUUAGGCAGGUAUAACACUUUCUAUAAAGAGAGGGGAAGGAACCGCCGGAAACCAACGAACCGACACCGUACGGCGGCGAUGGAGGAAGAUAAAGACAACGACCAUAAGGAAUCGCCGGGUGAUGGGGGUGAGUCGGAACUCGGUGGGAGUGGCGGCGGUGAUGGGGCUGAUGCUGGUACUGGCACUGGUACAAGCAAUGGCAGAGUGAAGGGACCGUGGUCGCCGGAGGAGGACGCGGUGCUGAGUGGACUGGUUACCAAGUUUGGGGCGAGAAAUUGGAGCCUGAUCGCCCGGGGAAUUCCCGGUCGUUCUGGUAAAUCUUGUCGCCUUCGGUGGUGGAACCAGCUCGACCCCUGCCUUAAGCGCAAGCCUUUCACUGAUGAGGAGGAUCAUCUCAUAAUUUCAGCUCACGCAAUCCAUGGGAACAAAUGGGCUGUCAUUGCAAAACUCCUGCCAGGUAGAACAGAUAACGCAAUUAAGAACCAUUGGAAUUCUACACUUAGACGCAGAUGCAUGGAUCUGAGUAGGAGGCCUAAACUGGGACCUGUUGAAAUGACGGAAGAUGGAAGCCUUGAGAGAACAAAGGCAUCCUCAGAAGAAACAAUGUCAAUUGAAGAUAUCAAUUCUUUCAAGCCCCCUGAAGAAAUACAUGUUAUGGUAGAUGAUAGAUCCCAUCAGCAUGAAGAUAAAGCUAAAACCAAAGAUGUUCAAUCUGCCAUUGGACCCAUGGGUCAUCCUACAAUUUGUCGCCCAGUGGCACGUGUUAGUGCAUUCAACAUUUAUAGCCCUCCAAGCAGCUCAAGAAGCAAAUCUGGAAUGUCAAGGGCAAUACCUACUCAAGGGCCUCUAGUUCAUGCUCCCUGGUCAGACUGUGGAGUCUGCAAAUUGCUUGAAGAUCUUCAUGUUGAACCUAUGGUUCCUUUGCAAUGUGGGUUUGGUUGCUGCUCAACUCCUAGUGGGAGCCAUUCAAAAAGAUCAUUGCUGGGACCCGACUUUGUUGAAUAUGAAGAAUCCCCUGCUUUCUCAAGUCAUGAAUUGAUUUCAAUAGCCACUGAUCUAAACAAUAUUGCUUGGAUCAAGAGUGGCCUUGAAAAUGGUAGUAUUGGAGUACCAAGUCCUGCAACAGACCAGAGAAUGUCUCGUAGGACUGCAUCAGGCUUACAACUGGGAAUAUCAGAUCCGUGUAUGAAAAAUGACCAUAUACGUUUUGAGGAUGGACGGAACAAGCUGAUGGGCAUGAUGGCAGAAGUUCUACCAAGUCAGAUGUCUAGACAAACAUUUGGAGUGAGAGCUGAAGUGGAGGCCUGAGCUAAAACCUGUACUAAAUUUUAUUUCGCUUUGCUAAAUUUCAUAUAUUGGAAUAUAGGUGACUUAUAUCUGCUUGAUUAUGUAAGACCCCUAUUUGAUUUUAUGAAGAGGUAGCUCAAGUUGCUCAAAGACCCCCUAUUUGAUUUUAUGCCUCUAUCUGUCUUUAGCCUAAGUUUCAAAGUUGAGAUGAUUGUGGAAAAUAAUGCGUAACAUGGUGC